CGACAGCACAGAUCUGGAUGCUAUGGCAAACAGACGUCUGCAGCUUAUCCAGACAACUCAGACGACGAGAAUGGCUUCCCAGUCUCUACGAUGAGCUCUGUUUGGGAAGAAGAAGAAGAAGAAGAAGAUAAAGUUCGGGCAGAGAUAUACCGAGGAUAAGACAAAGGCUAACUCCGCAUCUGCAUCGUCCAGUGUGGGGACACUGUGACAUGUUAUGGGCUGCGGCUGAAUAUCCCUUGUUCCGAAGAGGAGAGAACUGCGACUUGCCGGAAGACUACCGACUACCGACUACUUGUUGAAUCUCGAUCCCGUCGGUCUACUUCUCGUCCUCGCUUCUCACCCUUCCUUUAACGCUGCCCGCUCGUCCUCCAUCAUUCAACACAGCUGCUGUUGCACCUCUCGAACUACUCGUUUCGACAUCAGUUCAUCGACGGGAUGAAUCGUCCUAGCAACAACGCUCAAGCGGUCAAGUUGACUGGCGAAGAAAUAGCAAAGCACAACAAUGCCGACUCAUGUUGGGUCAUCGUCCAUGGUCGUGCCUACGAUGUGACCGAGUUCCUGCCCGAGCAUCCUGGUGGCCCCAAGAUCAUCCUCAAAUAUGCCGGAAAGGACGCCACCGAAGAGUACGAGCCAAUCCACCCUCCCGACACACUUGACAAGUUCCUGGACAAGAGCAAGCAUUUGGGCGAGGUCGACAUGAACACCGUUCAGCAGGAAGCCAAGGAGGAAGAUCCCGAUGAGGCCGAAAGACAAGAGCGGAUCAAGUGUAUGCCUAUUCUCGAGCAAUGCUACAACCUCAUGGACUUCGAGGCCGUCGCAAGGCGUGUAAUGAAGAAAACUGCUUGGGCUUAUUACAGCUCGGGUGCAGAUGACGAGAUCACGAUGCGUGAGAAUCAUAGCGCCUUCCACAAGAUCUGGUUCCGACCGAAGAUCCUCGUUGACGUUGAGAAAGUCGACAUGUCGACGACCAUGCUGGGUACCAAAGUCAGCAUGCCCUUCUACGUGACAGCUACUGCUCUGGGCAAGCUUGGAAACCCUGAAGGCGAGGUCGUCUUGACCCGUGGCGCCAAAAAGCACAAUGUCAUUCAGAUGAUCCCCACCUUGGCUUCGUGCUCUUUCGAUGAGAUUGUGGAUGCUGCCGAGGGUGAUCAAGUCCAGUGGCUCCAACUCUAUGUCAACAAGGACCGCGCAAUUACAAAGCGCAUUAUCGAGCACGCCGAGAAACGCGGCUGCAAGGGUCUUUUUAUCACUGUUGACGCACCUCAACUCGGCCGUCGCGAAAAAGAUAUGCGUUCAAAGUUUUCGGAUGUUGGCAGUAAUGUCCAAAACACUGGCGGAGACAAUGUUGACCGUAGUCAAGGUGCGGCUCGCGCUAUAUCGUCCUUCAUCGACCCAUCGCUUUCGUGGAAGGAUAUUCCAUGGUUCAAGAGUGUCACUAAGAUGCCCAUCCUGCUAAAGGGUGUCCAGAGAGUCGAAGACGUGAUCAGGGCCGUCGCUGCAGGUGUCGAUGGAGUCGUACUUUCCAAUCACGGAGGUCGUCAGUUGGACACUGCACGAUCUGGCAUCGAAGUCCUUGCAGAGACAAUGCCUGAGCUUCGUCGUCUUGGACUUGAGGACAAAAUUGAGGUCUACAUCGAUGGCGGUAUUCGUCGUGCCACCGAUAUCCUCAAAGCCUUGUGUCUUGGCGCAAAGGGCGUCGGUAUCGGUCGCCCCUUCCUGUAUGCCAUGUCGGCAUAUGGUCUACCAGGUGUCGAUCGUGCGAUGCAACUCCUCAAAGAUGAGAUGGAGAUGAACAUGCGUCUGAUUGGCUGCACCAGCGUCGACCAAUUGACACCAGAGCUUUUAGAUGUUAGGAGCUUGCACACCCACACUGCCCCUGUCGCGCCAGAUACACUCAGCGUGGCCGCAUACGACCCUUUGGCAGGACCCAAGGACAGACUGGCUAAGCUUUGAGGCUGUUGUCACCUGUACGUUUAAUCUGUUUAUAUACUGACAUGCAUAACGAAGUUUUGUUUUCCACCAGUCUCCUGUUCAUCGCACUCGUACGCAGUCCGUACUCAUAUCUCUGGAUUCUGCUACCAUCCUUUCCUACAUCAUCAUGCUCUCCGGACGACAGCUCCGGUACGAUACCUGCUUGACCAAGCGAUUCAUAAGACCCGCUGAAUAGCCAUGUUAUGGUAGACCAACGACUAACACCUUGGCCUAAUACCGUCUAGGAGCGGUUGAGAAUCAAAUGCUGCCGCCCUCAACCAAGCGCAAACAACGAACAGAUGUCUUGGGUCAUCGCCUCUCCGGAAACUCAAACUAUCUCAUCACAUGCCCCUACCCUAGCAAGCAGAAAUAGGAGAGAGAAUUGUAGAAUGCCUGAGAAGUGUGCAUUAUCGCGUUUCGGCGAGAUCCGACGUAUUCUGUGUACCAAGACAUCAAACUGAAGUUAAGCUCUCUUGAC